AAUAAGAUGGUAUUCGUGAACAAUGAGGCUGAAGCGAUUCAACUUCAGCUACACACUAUCUCAAUGCAGAUUAUAUUCCGAUAAAAUUCGUCCUCUCAAGCAUGUGCGAACCUUGAAAGAGGGUAGUGUUGAGCACUUCCGACAGGAAGCGUUCCUCCCUGCAAUCCCUACCCUUCUUCCACGAGGACACUUUCGACGUAUUCCCGCCGUAUACAAGUGGUUUACUCCCGGCCCACGAGUCUAUCUACGCGAUGACUAUCUUGUGGGAAAGGACAACCCGAUAGUCCCGCUGGAAUUAACUCGCUCCUCGCAGGAUUCGUUUCAGCGAAUGCUCGCCCCCUUUAACCUUUUUGUGCGAUGGGCCCGCACUACUCCUUCUUCCUCUCCAGAGCGACUGUACCUUGCUCAAGCGCAGGUCGACGAGCUUCCGCACAGAUUGCAAGGAGAUCUACCGACGCCAGACCUCGUCUCCCAAGCGGGCAAAGGGGAUAUAUAUGAUACCAAUAUAUGGAUUGGCUUAGCGCCGACAUAUACUCCGCUCCACCGAGAUCCGAAUCCUAACUUAUUUGUACAGCUGGCUGGCGUGAAAGUUGUCAGAUUAUGUCCUCCUCAUACUGGUGCGGCAAUUUAUGAAGGAGUCCAGCGCGGACUUGGGCGUAAUGGAUCAGCAACGAUUCGCGGUGAUGAGAUGAUGUGUGGGGAGGAAAAGAAUCUAUUGGAAAAUGCUGUGUGGGACAAUGGCUCCAAAUUCGUUGGUAACAUUGGUAGUGCCGGAGAGAAUAUGUUUUACGAAGCUACGUUACGAAAGGGAGAUGGUUUGUUCAUUCCCAAAGGCUGGUGGCAUAGCAUCAAAGGCGUGGGUGAAGGAAUGAUUGGCUCGGUAAAUUGGUGGUUCCGCUGAGUACAUUGAAAUGUAAAACGUUUACUGGCUGCUUAGAUGCACCUCAGAGCCAUGACGAAAGCAUAUAAAAGGAUAUUCUUCCUUUUAUUUUCAAAACUCAAGAGUCUAGUAGCAAAGCACUCUUUGAGAAUUUAUACGUUCCCUUGCGCUCAUUCAAUCUGGACACGAGCCGUAUCAAUCCAUGUCUAAUUCAUACAGCUUGAG